GGGAGACCCGAUAUAGUGAAUGCAGGGUCUGGGGAACCAGAUAUAGUGAAUGCAGGGUCCGGGGAGACCAUAUAUAGUGAAUGCAGGGUCCAGGGAGACCAGAUAUAGUGAAUGCAGGGUCUGGGGAGACCAUAUAUAUAGUGAAUGCAGGGUCCGGGGAAACCAGAUAUAGUGAAUGCAGGGUCCGGGGAGACCAGAUAUAGUGAAUUCAGGGUCUGGGGAGACCGGAUAUAGUGAAUGCAGGGUCCGGGGAGACCAGAUAUAGUGAAUGCAGGGUCUGGGGAGACCAGAUAUAGUGAAUGUAGGGUCCGGGGAGACCAGAUAUAGUGAAUGCAGGGUCCGGGGGAGACCAGAUAUAGUGAAUGCAGGGUCCGGGGAGACCAGAUAUAGUGAAUGCAGGGUUCUGGAUGCGCUAGGUAGAGAAGGGACGGCUCGAAUGAGCACAUUGCUGGACCCUGAGACAGGUUAGUGUGUGUUUAUUAAA